AUGGCAGACGGCGCAGAGAAGAAAAAGAGAAAGCGGGAUGCCGAUGCUGAAGCACGUAUAACGUAUCAUACGCCCCUCAAAUCCUUUGAAAGGCUGUUCAAUGAGUCUUCUCUGGAGGAGACAAAGCACAUUGUACGAACAAAGCUCAAGUUGGACGACAACGCAGAUAUCACUCUAUCACAAAUCAGAGGGAAUAAGGUCAUUGUUCUUGAAGAUGAGGAUGACUUUAAGGCAUUCCGGUUUAUGCUCAAGACGAAUCCAUGGGUAGAACUCCAAGUCUCGGUGACUGAGUCAACAGGUCCCAACGACGCCGCUUCUCCUAUACCGAAGAAGCGGAAAAAGAGCAAGGCAGAGAAGCGGAAGCAACAUCUAGAAACCGCAAACGCACUGGAUUCCAAAGCAGAUGCUACACACGGAGCCAAUGAAUCAACCACUUCGACGUCAACAUUGGUCGACUCUUUAAAAUCUCCCACCGUGUCCAAGGAGGUAAAUGAGAGCACACCCAUCGUGCUGACGCCGACCGUUCAACCUGCCAAAGCCGUUGUUGCUCCGGCGCCGCCCAAGUCGAAGAAGACCAAACAGAAGACGUCUCCGGGAACGCCCACUCUUCACAAUACAGAAAUCGGUGUCGUGAACCCACCGACUACACCCUCUGCGAAACGGAAACCAGAGGUUGAAUCCAAUGCAAGGCAAGAGGAGGCACCUCAAGAGCAAAAUCAUUCCGCACGUUCAGAAUCUGAGCCACGACAGAAUCCAAAAGAAGAUUUACCAAAGACUAAAGCAACAAAGAGAAAGAGUGCGCCUGUAUCGGUGACCCCGAUGUCCCCAGCUUCACGGGAGAAAGCUUCCUUAAUUCUUCAACGACACCGAGCAAACAUAGCUGAACGCGAAAAAAUCAAGAAGAAAGGAAGCAAAGCAAAUGUCACUGUAAACGGGCCGGAAGGUCUUGCAGAAGUGAUAGACGCUGCUUCAGUGGCUAACACGCAUCCUCCCCUGGAUGAUAAGGUCAUAAAACGUAAAAGCAAGACCAAAGAGCCAGAGCGGCAAAUUCAUGCAGGAGAAAGGGCUGAAGCGCACACGCCGUCGGAGGAGCACCACGACUCGACGGAUGCGGAUACGAAAUUGCUCGGUUCUUCGACGAGGCGCCCUGUUGUGAUUAUCACUAAAUAUGUUCCUCCAAUGGCGAAUACAACGAACCCUGCAGUCGACCCAGACAUGUCGCUCGACCCGGCAAAACCCAAAAGGCCCAAAAAAGGACUCGACGUACCAUUAUGUCCGAUAUGUGAUGGAACAUUCCAUGAUCGUCAAGACUGCCCAGUCUUUCAAGAGGCAGGAGAUGCACUUCAAGCUCGACUGAAACAGUUCAAGAAGGCGAAGCAGGAAGAACUUGUUCGAGAUAUUGAGCGGCACAUUGAAAACGAAACCCGUCUCAAACGCCUUGGCCCAAAGUCCAGAAAGAGCAUGCUACCAAUCCCCCCGCCUCCGCCCCAUCCUCUCUCCAGUGAUAACGAAAGAACAGGCAUUGCAGAGAGCUCUGAUAGUGAGGACGGACAGUCAAACCAGUCUGUCCCCCCAUCCCUCGCUGGACCAGUCCGCUCUCCGAGUCAAACCCUCGCGCAAAACGUACUGCCGAUAUCAUCACUGGACGAUGAAAUCAAUGAUAAUGAAGGCACUCCCAGGGUAGAUAUGUCCCCAGUUCCUCCUCCGACUUCACCAUCUGUAGCCUCUUCUAUCCUGCGAGGCGCUAGAAAGGUUGCUCAACCGGCCGUAUCCCCAUCACCUGCUCCCUCCCGCCCUGGGGAAUCUAGUGGAAAAACGCAACCCCUCGGAAAUUAUAAGACUUCAUCCUCGAGGUCUGCCAACCGACGUGCCAAUGAUUUGGCAGAUGGCCCACAACCUACGCAGAAUCCCAGAUUACUGGCGAUAGACAGCUCUGCGUCAGAGAAUGACGACUCGAACGACGAGCAAGCCCCUGCGUCAGCGACGGCCAUUGACUUGCCUGAGAUCCAUAUGGACACGAACGGGAUGGAUAUUGACGACAAGGAGCUUGGAAGUGAUGAUGAAAUGGAGCUACCGGUGCCUGAACGCUCAGAGGUUACGGUACAAGCAACUCCAAGGUCCACUUUCCUUCCUCGUCUCUCCCAAAUGUCGAUAUCAGGUGUGCGUUUGGCGUCCACCCUAUGGCGAGGAUCGAGCUCCACCCCCCUCGCCGCCAAGGCGCAACCGAUCUCUGUACCCCCGACCCAAACCAAAGAGAAGGUGGAAAUGGCAUACACCAGCAGCUCAAGUAGUUCGAGUAGUGAUGAGGAGUUUGACUCGCGAAUCCCGGCCUCACAGCGUGCAUCGUCUCGAGUGAGGCCAGCGGCAACGAAGCGAAAGAGUGCUCUCAGCCAGCUUUAA